AUCUCAGCAUGGCCUAUCCACAGACUUCGUUCGUUCACACUUCGCUUGACCCUGAGACUCUGCUUGGAAAACGUCGACAAGCAGCCGCCGCCAACACUUUGCAGUACCAGCUCGAUGUACUCAAGAAAACUGGUCGCUAUGACGCUUUCAGGUUAGAAUGGCAUCCAGUCUACGAUCGCGCGCCAGAAGUGUGGCCAAUCCCAGACCAUCUCUUCUGGGACUCUGAUGUUGCGAAAUGGAUAGAGGGCGCUUGCUAUUUCUUACAACAACAGUGUAUGCCAACCAUCGCUGAUGCAGUUGAUGAAUUGGUUGAGAUGAUCAGUUCUGCUCAGCAACCUGACGGCUAUCUGAACAUUCACUACACUGUGGUUGAUCCGGGAAAACGCUUCACCAACCUCAAGGAUAUGCACGAGCUCUACAACUGCGGACACUUGAUCGAGGCUGCACUAGCACACCACGCUCUUUACGACAAUGAUCAGCUUCUGAGCCCCAUCUGUGCCUACGUAGACCUCUUGUGCGAGACCUUUGGCCCAGGGGCAAAGCAAACACACGGAUAUCCGGGUCACCCUGAGAUAGAGCUGGCUCUUCUUCGUCUCUAUGAACGCACUGGUGUUGAGCGAUAUCUCUUACUGGCAAGAUACUUCAUCACUGAAAGAGGCAACUUGACUGGUUGUGAUGGAAGACAUUACUUUGAUGUCGAGGCUGAGAAGCGUGGCGCAGACCCAAACAUGAAACCUGCUUUCUACCCCGAACCUCGGUCGCUGUGGUAUCAUCAGGCACAAGCUCCUAUCGUUGAACAGCAGACUAUCGAAGGUCAUUCUGUUCGUGCAAUGUACCUUCUCACCAGUGUUGCGGAUCUUGUGCGCAUGGAGACAGGUCAUACCGAACUGCAAGCUGCAACAUACAGAUUAUGGAACAACAUGGUCAAUCAGAAGAUGUACUCGACUGGCGGUAUAGGUGCUAUCAAGCAGUGGGAAGGCUUUGGUGUCGACUAUUUCUUGCCGCAAGGGACCUCAGAAGGUGGCUGUUACUCCGAAACGUGCGCUGCGAUAGGUGUCAUGAUGCUGGCCCAAAGACUACUCCAAAUCGACCUGGAUGGAAGAUACACAGAUAUCAUGGAGCUGUGCCUCUACAACGCUGUUCUCACCGCCAUGUCAACUGACGGCAAGAAGUUUACAUACGUCAAUCAGCUGGCAUCAAGCGAUAAGGACCCUUCGAAACGCGAUGAUUGGUUCACAGUAGCAUGUUGUCCCCCUAACAUGUUGCGCUUGCUGGGAACGAUCGGCGGAUACAUCUGGUCGUACGAUGUGACCGCUGCUGAAAAGCGCGCACGCAUCGAUGUACACCUAUAUAUUGGGGCAAAGCUCACGUUCGACUGCNNGGCAAGGGAUAUCAUAGAGCUCGAGCAAGAGACCAAUUGGCCGUCUUCCGGUGGCGUAAAGUUGAGACUGCGCUCUCAAAAGAUCAAAGUCGACAUUCGACUCAGAAUCCCUGGCUGGGCAGAAUCCUGGAGGUGUCCAGAUCUUGUGGUAAAGAAAGGUUAUAUCACGAUCUCAUCGAGUUGGCUGGAACAACAUCCUGAUUUCACGCUUUCGAUACCGCUCGAGCCUCGCAUACUAGUGUCUCAUCCUCUUACCAACCAGAAUACUGUUACCAUCGCCAGGNNGGGUCCGGUGGUAUACUGCGUUGAGGAUCUCGACAAUUCCUGGGUUGAAGACCAUUUUGCAGUAUGUACUCUCGGUUUUGCCAAUGUACGGCGCUCCACCUGCGAAAUCACUGAAAGACUGGUGCAAAACCAAGACUUGGGAGAUUCAUAUGUCGCCCUGACAGUCACAUAUGGCGCUUCUUUGUUGGACACAGGUGUAGUCAGCCAGACACCNUUUUUACGAGACGAUGAUGUCGGCGAGGGUAAGCCAUUGUCCAGAUUGAAGUUUGUUCCAUAUUACUUCNNCCGUGCCAACAGGGGCGGUAAAGGACACAUGCGUGUGGGUCUCAAACGAUCUGUU